AUGGAUAGAGCGAAUAUCAUCAACGAGCUCGUCAUGGCGAACAAAGUCGAACUUGCCAAGGCGAAGAAUGGGUCCAUGGCGUAUUCCUACAAGGACGAAAUUAAUAUUCCGUCGAUUGUUUCUGCGUCCGAAGAGCCAGUUUACAGGCUUAUCGCGGAAGGAAAAAACCUAGGAGUCCUGAAAUCCGAAAUAAUGGCUCAACUAGACGUAAAGAAGAAAGAUUUGACGCGCACCCUUGACGAGUUUGAGAAAAAGAAGCUGAUCAAGAAAGUUGGAACGCCGAAGCAAAAGUACUUCCUGUACGACGUAACGCCCGAUCAUACAGUCACUGGCGGUGCGUUUUACGACAACGACAGAUUUGACAAGGAACUUGUCGAUGGAAUCACUCAUAUUCUCAAGCCUCAUCUUCGGCAAAUCAUGGAUGCCCAAAAAGCGACAGAAGGACAUCCAGCUCUGCUCUUCCGCGCUGCGAGUGUGACUCCAGGUCAAAUUGCCGACUGGUUGAAUGAAAAACGCUUCGUCAAAUUUCUCCUGACAGAAACCGAUUGCCGCCAGUUGCUCGACGCUCUCGUUUUGGAAGGCUUUGCUGACCGAAGAGGCGACGAAUACCACGCUACCUUGACUGACAAGCCUCUUGUCGCCGCUGGACUUUCCUUCACACCGUGUGGCGUCUGUCCUUUGGUGGAGCAAUGCCGACCGGGAGGACAAAUCUCGCCCGAGACCUGUAUCUAUCUCGACGAAUUGCUUGAGUGGUGA